CUCAUUCCUGGAAAAGGGAGGGUGGGAACGGAAAGACGCCAUUAGACCUCUCUCCGAUGAUUUAUAUUUCCAUGGUGCAUAUAGUAACAGGCAAGCCAGACUCCUCCUGGGUUUAAGCACCACAUACAAAUCUUCCCUGUUCAAUUAGAGCAAACCUAUGCUGCCAGCUACCACCGCCGACUGACACAUCUGCAAGGACUAAACCUGGCCAGAGGAGCUUCUGAUCAAGAAAUCAGAUUUUCUAGGGUCUGGAAGAGUCAGUAUGUUGGAUCAGAUUCACCUGCUGGCUGCCGUGACAGUCCUGGGAGUCCUGGAGCAAGCCUACUUCUUGCUCCAGGUGAUCUAUGCCAGGAGGGUGUUUGGCAUUUCUCCUCCAAAGAUCUCAGGCCCACCUGAAUUUGAAAGGAUCUUUCGAGCACAGGUGAACUCCUCUGAGUACUUUCCCAUUUUCCUGGCGCUUCUGUGGCAGGCUGGACUCUUCUUCCAUCAAGGUCUGGCUGCAGCCUUGGGUCUGCUCUAUCUCUACGCCCGCUACUGCUACUUUAUGGGAUACAGGGCAUCGUCCUCAAAAAGGCUCGCCCCGAUAUACUUUAGCACUGGAGUUCUCUGGAUUCUCACUGCAGCAUCAGCCCUGGGCAUCUUGCAUUUCUUCCUCUCUCACUACGUGGGGCUGAACAUCCUCCAGCUUCUCACAGCGUGACCUGCUCCUCUGUCCCUCAUCGGUGUCCUUGUCUUCGAGUCCUGCUCCCUCCUGCCCAUGGUAACAGACUGGCUGUACCUAAUACAGCUAAGCAACAAAUCCACCCUCACCUGAGUUUUUAACACCUCCCUCCCCACUGCCCUGCACCGGCAUGAACUGCUGAGCUCUUCAGGAGGUAUUUUUCCCCCACAGCACUCUUUGUGCCAAGUGCUCCAUACCUGGCAGCUCCAUCAUGCCUGAUGCAGAAACAGCAAUGCUUCAAAACAAGGAGAAUUUUAGGAAAACUGGACACAUAAAAGGAAAUUAAUCUCAGCAUGAGCUUCCCAGUGAAUUGCCAUGUGUUCCCCUUCCUCCAGCAGCUCUGCCUUCAGCCCAGGCACCAAACGUGGGUUCAUGGCAGUUUUCCAAGGCCCACACCUAAGACAGGCAUUUGAAACCAGAUGGGGGCUGGGGCAUAACAAGAGUCAACGGGUAGACAGGAGUAGCCAUCAACAUGUCGUGUGAAAGUCUAUUAGUGCCCUUGUAAUGGUUAUCAGCCAUUGCCCUCGGACAAUAUUGUAAAUCAGACUGUGCAAACUCAUAACCACUACUGCAUGUAUAACUUUGAAUACUGCUGAGCGACAACGUGCACAAAUAAAAAGGCACUGAGCUUGCUGUGCUGGGUGUCUCCUUGUGGGUCUGCAACUAGCAGAGAACAAAAACACGGAUGUUUGAACACGAGGUGGCUGCCUCAGUUUCCCUGCCGUGCAGCGUAACACAGCCUGCAACCCUAUGUCCCAUGGGAGGAGAGCUCUGAGUAGGGAGAAUUUGAUUUUCAGAGGUGCUGAGCUCCCAGAUUGGGGGCUAAGCUGCUCAGCACCAAACAGUGGUCCCUGCUGGGUGGUUUGCCUGGUGCUCAGGUCCCCAUCCAGGCUUGCCCAGGAUUUUCACGGGAGCCUAGCGUUCACAACAUUGAUGCUUUUGGCCACUGGUCCGCUCAUGUUAGUGACACAGCUCAGAAAACACCAGCAGUGCUCCGUGCCAUUGUCACAGGGGGAUUUCACAUCAAACCUGGAGAGCGAAAAUAACUGCAUUAACAUGCUGCCAGCCUAACCACACUUUAAAGCCUGCCGUCCGCCCCUCCUUUCCCCAGGAGUAGGCAUAUCUAGAUUGUAAGAACAAAAGGCAGGGGUUUUUUGGAAGAAGUGAUUAAUUUUUCACAUUGUUUCAUUUCCUUCCCUGCAUUUUAAAUGGGCUUAUCCCGCAAAGCCCCCAGUCUGUUUCCCAUUCGGGCUCUCCUGCCUUGGAGUCAUGCUGCUGCAUUGAAGUCGGCAAACACUGCAGGGAAAGCCUUAAAUCCAAACAAAAAUAACUGUACAGCACUUGCUUCUGCAAAGUUUUCAGUGCAGCAGGGCCCCAUAAUCACACAAACCCCUGGGUGUCACAGCAAGGUAAACAACAACAAAAUAACUUCUUUUCUAGCAGCUUUGCUAAAACACUUUGGAAAAG